CUCUCCCCCUCAAACCGUCCUCUCUCUCUCUCUCUCUCUCUCUCUCUCUCAUAAUUAAACUUCCUGGUUAAACACCGCUUGGGUUGUUGCGAAAAAGCUUGCCCACACUUCAACAAGUAAUCACUAACUACCCUCUCUCUCUGUCUCAAACCUUGCUAUGUCUUGAUCCUUUCUUGGGCACGGGGAGUCGAGGGAAAUGAGGCCUGAAAUCAACCCAUCAUCCCUCCACAAGCAAAAUUACGUCUUUGCCAAGUUCGCUCUGUCAUUUCUAUUGAUAGGUCUCGCUUUUCGCCUCUUCUUCUCUGAUUCUAUCAAAUUGCCGUCGUCAGUCGUUCAGGAGCCACCCGUCUCAGAAUCAAAAACCGAAACUCAAUCGCCUCUCGUGUCUCUGCCUAUUCAAAAGCAGGACGAGGUUGAUCCUUCGGCUGCUUUCCCGGCCAAGAAUGAGUCCCUGAUCAAUCGGACAGAAACUUGUGAUAUCUUUGUUGGAGAAUGGGUACCUGACCCAUCCGGUCCCUUUUACACCAAUGAGAGUUGCCACGUAAUUGAGUCUCAUCAAAAUUGUAUGAAAAAUGGACGUCCUGACUCUGAUUACCUCUACUGGAGGUGGACUCCCUGGGACUGCAAGCUGCCCAAGUUUAAUCCUGGGAAAUUUCUUGACAUGAUGAAGGAUAAGUCAUGGGCGUUUAUUGGCGAUUCCAUCUCUCGUAACCAUGUUCAGUCAUUGCUCUGCAUCCUCUCUCAGACUGAGGAAGCCAUUGAGGUCUACCAUGACAAAGAGUACAGAUCAAGAUGGCAUUUUCCAGCUCACAACUUCACCCUCGCGGUCAUAUGGACUCCUCUCCUUAUUAAAGCAGAUAUAUUUGAAGAUAUAAAUGGAGUGUCCUCAUCAGAAAUCCAGCUUCAUCUCGACAAACUUGACAAGAUAUGGACUGAGCAGUACAAGAACUACGAUUACGCCGUGAUUGCCAGUGGCAAGUGGUUUCUGAAAACUGCCAUCUACCAUGAAAACGAUUCAGUCAUGGGAUGUCACAACUGCCAUGGAAAGAACUUGACAGAGCUAGGUUUCGAAUAUGCAUACAGGAAAGCUCUUCAGCUAGUUUUGAACUUUGUCAUUACUUCUGAACAUCAGGCAUUUGUUUUCUUUAGAACCACCACCCCGGAUCAUUUCGAGAAUGGGGAAUGGUUUAGUGGGGGUACUUGCAAUAGAACAGUUCCAUUCAAAGGUGGGGAGGUGGGCCUGAAAGAUGUGGACGCAAUCAUGCGCGACAUCGAACUGGAGGAAUUCGAGAAAGCCGUGAAAAUAGGAUCCCAGAAAGGGGUCACUUUGGCAUUACUUGACACAACGCAGAUGUCGCUCUUACGGCCUGAUGCACACCCAGGUCCGUAUCGGCAAUUCCAACCAUUUGCUCAAGACAAAAAUGCCAAGGUCCAGAACGAUUGCUUGCAUUGGUGCUUGCCAGGGCCGAUCGAUUCUUGGAAUGAUCUGGUAAUGGAAACGUUGGUGAACCUUUCAAAAGGAAAUCUUCACUAACAUGAUUUCGGGCAGUAUAAAUUACUUGCAAAGAGAUGGUUUCCAUCUCCGACGGUACGGAGAAAAGGUCGUAGCAUUGCUAUCCCAAUUUGGUCAGUGGGGAUAAAGCUUGUAAAGGGAUCAAUUACAAAUACUUCAUCAAUUACGAACACUUACAUUCCUACCCAUUCUUCAAUUCUUGAAUUGUAUCUGAGGGAGCUACAGGAUAGCCUUGCUUUAAGGCAGAUUGCUCAUCGGAGUUCGUUCACUUAUUA